UGGAGCAAUUCGAGGUUUUAAACGAGCGACAUAUGAUCCAGGCCACACAAUUUCUGUCAGGUUUUCUGACGAUAUGGGAGUACCUGAAGAGGCUGUUGACUUGGGUGGACCAAGAAGAGAAUUUCUAAGACUUCUGAUCGAAGCUUUGCCCCUGUCUCCAAUGUUUGAGGGUGAAGAAGGCAAAAUGAACUUGGCGCUUGAUAGUGCUGCCAUGAGGGAGGACAGGUACUUCAUUGCAGGCAGAGCCAUUGCAGUAAGCCUUGUACAUGGUGGUCCACCAGCAGGCUUUCUGUCCCCAACACUCUUCUCUUGCCUUGUUGAUGGCCCAGAUUUGGCUAAACCAGUUUUAGAAGAUGUUGCCGAUAGUGACCUGCGUGAAAAAAUUAAAAGGGUUAAAGAGUGUAAAUCCUUUGAAGAUCUGAUAGUAGCAACUGAGCCACUUCAGGAAUACUUAGCCAAUGCUGGCUGCCUGAGGCCGCUGCGGAGGCUGGAAGACAAGGAUCUGCUUAUACAUGACAUUCUCAUGUUCCAAGUAAUACACAGAGUCCGUGGUCCAUUUGAAAGGUACACCAUGCCUCCAAAGGAUGGACUACGGACACUUGAGGUGCUGGACAAAAUCCAAGCUCACCCAGAGAGUUUUCGCACCCUUCUGGUCACCUUCAGUGGUUACAGCUGA